GAAGAAUUUUUCAGACAUCGGGAUAAAUAGAUCACGUUUUGGUCCACAACAUCUAGCUACCGAACAGUGUGUGGUCUAAACGUCGAGUGGCGCUGACCUGUCGAGAUGGCAGACGAUAGAGAUAAAGCUACCGAUCAAAUGAAGACGUGGAAGCAGAACAGGAGCUUUCAGAGGCCAGACACACUGACCACAGGGGCUGGCCAUCCAGUUGGAGACAAAAUGAACCUGCAGACAGCAGGACCGAGGGGCCCCCUGCUUGUCCAAGAUGUGGUCUUCACAGAUGAGAUGGCCCACUUUGACCGGGAACGAAUCCCAGAGAGAGUGGUGCAUGCCAAAGGGGCAGGAGCGUUUGGCUACUUUGAGGUGACUCAUGACAUUACUCGCUACUGCAAGGCUAAGGUGUUUGAGCAUGUUGGCAAGACUACACCUAUCGCUGUGCGCUUCUCCACUGUGGCUGGCGAAUCAGGAUCAGCAGACACAGUGCGAGACCCCAGAGGCUUUGCAGUCAAGUUUUACUCUGAGGAGGGCAACUGGGACCUGACGGGCAACAACACCCCUAUUUUCUUCAUCAGGGACGCCCUGCUGUUCCCGUCCUUCAUCCACUCCCAGAAGCGCAAUCCCCAAACCCACAUGAAAGACCCCGACAUGGUGUGGGACUUCUGGAGCCUGAGGCCUGAGAGUCUGCAUCAGGUGUCUUUCUUGUUCAGCGAUCGAGGUUUGCCCGAUGGCUUCCGUCACAUGAACGGCUACGGCUCGCACACCUUCAAACUGGUCAAUGCUGAUGGUGAGCGUUUCUACUGCAAGUUCCACUACAAGACUGAUCAAGGAAUAAAGAAUCUGUCAGUAGAGGAGGCAGAGUGCCUGGCUGCCACCAACCCAGAUUAUGCCAUCGGAGACCUGUUCAACGCCAUUGCCAAUGGCAACUACCCGUCCUGGACCUUCUAUAUCCAGGUCAUGACCUAUGAGAAUGCUGAGAAGUCCCAGUUCAAUCCCUUCGACCUUACCAAGGUUUGGUCACAUAAAGAAUACCCUUUGAUCCCUGUGGGCAAAAUGGUACUCAACAGGAACCCAGUCAACUACUUUGCAGAGGUGGAGCAGCUGGCCUUUGACCCCAGCAACAUGCCACCAGGCAUCGAGCCAAGCCCCGACAAGAUGCUGCAGGGUCGUCUGUUCUCCUACCCAGACACACACAGACACCGGCUGGGAGCCAACUACCUGCAGAUCCCCGUCAACUGCCCUUAUAAGGCCCGUGUGAGCAACUACCAGCGUGAUGGUCCGAUGUGCAUGUAUGACAACCAAGGGGGAGCUCCAAACUACUAUCCCAACAGCUUCAGUGCCCCAGAGACACAGCCUCAGUUUGUGGAGUCCAAGUUCAAUGUGUCUCCAGAUGUGGCACGCUACAACAGUGCAGAUGACGAUAAUGUCACACAGGUGCGUACCUUCUACACACAGGUCCUGAACGAAGAGGAGCGUCAGAGACUUUGCCAGAACAUGGCAGGAGCCUUGAAGGGAGCCCAGCUCUUCAUCCAGAAACGCAUGGUUGAGAACUUGAAGGCUGUCGAUCCAGACUAUGGAAAUCGGGUUCAGAGCCUUCUCAACAAGUCCAAUGCGGAGGCCCAGAAGGACACAAGUCAGCACGUUUACAGCCGUCCAGGAGCCAUCGCUGCGUCCUCCAAGAUGUGAUGCCUUAUUUCCCCCCCGGGGGCAGCCCCCGCAUUUAAUACUUUCAUUAUUACCAACUGCUAAUACCAGUGUCAUGAUUGGACUUAACUCUCCAAUUACUUACUGUCAGUGACAAGACUGAAAUACUAACCUUGUAGUGUCACAAUUGGGCUUAAUUAAUUUCUAAUACAGCCGAUUGAUUUUCUUCAAAAUCCUCAAAGCUAGUUGUGUUCAAGAGAUUCUUGAUCUCCGAUAUUCUGUGAGAUUAAUUUGUGAUUGAACAGCUAUUUUGAAAAAAUCACCAGUUUUGUUUUUUACAAAUUAAAACCGAUUUUGUCCGUUGACUGUUUAUACCUGGUUAUACCAAAAACAUGCCUAUUUUGAGUGCUUAAGAUUAACCACAUAAAGGCCUUGAAACUCAUUUUGCAAUUUGAUUUGAUUGCAUUAAAUUAAUUACUAGUACUACGUAGAGACACAGAUACACCAUUGCUCUUUCACACACUGAAUUAUGCAUAUGCUCAUGGUGUUCAAUCGGGGCUGUGGAGAGACUGAGAUUGAUGCUAGAGAGACAGGAAGUAAAGAAUCGGGGGCGAGCCAUGGCAGAAAUCGUGCGUGAGCGUGUGUGCGUGUACUGUGGUGAUACUAUCUGGCCUCGUCCAUAUGCUGUGUCAUUGUAUUUCUUGACACUUUCCUGUAUCUUUGUGGUUGUUCAGCGUUGUGUAGCUAUGUCAUUCAACAGACUGAAAUCCGCUACUUUUAUCUUAAAUUCCUGACCAAAGUGCGCCACACUUUUCAGUUUUUUUAUUUGUAAAAUAAUUUGAAAACCAUGUAUCAUUUUCCUUCCACUUCACAAUUAUGUGCCGCUUUGUGUCAGUCUAUCACAUAAAAUCCUAAUGAAAUGCAUUUACAUUUGUGGUUGUAACGUGACAAAAUGUGGAAAAGUUCAAGGGGUAUGAAUACUUCUGCAAGCCUCUGUGUAUGCAAUGAUCAGUUUUGAUUAGUUUUCAGACAAUAAUUAGGAAAAAAUAUAUUUUAUUUGAAAUGAGUAGAAAUAGCAAUAAGAAACACUGUCAGUCUUAUCAUUGCUGUAGUUGUUUCAUGUGGGCGUCUGCACAUGUCGUCAGAUGCAUGAUUCAUGAAGAACAAGUUUGGAGAGGAGUAAUCAUUUCCGCUACUGUAAACAACAGUGCCUUUUGUUUACUAAAACUACCAAAUACAGAUUAGUCGAACCUUUAAACUGCAAGAAUCCGUUAUGAAUUGCUCUCAGUUCAAGGUUGUUGUUUUCACCUGUAGACUGCUCAUCAGUAACCUCAUGGUUAAAGAUGUAAAUUUACAUUAACUAAUUAAAGUGAAAUGGUAUUAAAAUUAAUAACUGCCCAAAAA